CACAUUACAGCAGCUGCGUGGUUUCAUUAAGCAAAAAAUAGCACAACUUAAUAGUUUUGUGAGUCCUACAAGUCUAGACACAUUUGUUCUCUGGUUGGAUUAGACUAGUCUAGUCUAGUCUGCUGCCAUUUCUUUGAACAAAUACGUGUUUUGUUUGGUUUGUUAACCGAUUCGCCGUCGUUUGGAUUAAACUAGCUGAAGAUUUAGCCUUGUUUUAGCUCCUAUGUCUCGUACUUAAGCUUUUUGUUUCGACUUUUUGUUUGUGUGAGUUUUUAACACGGUGAAGGAGGCAGUAACGUUUGUGUGACGGUGAAGCUGUGCUGCAGACUUGUCCAGUUAGUACACACCAGAUUUUGUUGCUGUCUUGCUCACUGUUCUGACAUUCACCCAAAGCCAACAGGCAGUAAGCUCCUUUGUCCUCCACCCCUGCGCUAUGAGCAGAGGUAACGGAGGGCACCCCAAAGAGUACCAGCGAUUUUCCCUCCCAUCCCAUCAGGGCAAAUCCAGCCAAGGAUCCUUCUCCCAAUCUUUACCACCUUACCCCAGAGCCCCUCACCCCCCAAGCCCCAACGGUUACUUGGGCAGGUUCCAGCAUCCCCCCCCUUACUCAUCCACUGGCCCUCCUGGACCUUCACAAGCUAGUCCUUCUUUGCCUCCAAAUCCUUGUACGUCUCGUUUCCCUGGACCUUCCCAAGUGCAAGCUCAGAAGUCAUCAUCAAAUAGAGGAGCUUGUAGUGACAAAGCAGUAGACUUUCACCAGCAGCAAAUCCUGUUCCUUACAGGGCAGGUUGCUGAGGCGCCCAGGUUUGUGCCGCACCAGUUCCGACACCACAGAAGUCCUCCCCAGUGUUCCACAGAAUAUUAUAAUUCCCCAAAGCCCAGCAAGUACGUGAGAAGAGGGGGAUAUAAUCACGGCAGGCCAAGCUGGCAGAAAGGGUUUAACACAAGGUACCAUCCUGGACCUAAGUCUGCCUGGGAACAACAGCACUUAAGAAGCCAGAAUAAUCAGUAUCAGUGUGACAGCUGGGUGGAUUGUGAUGCUGCCUCACUGUCUUCAGAAUUUCAUGCUUUAAAACUAGAGAACUUUGGAACACUCUCGUCAUCCAGAAGUGGGAGUAAGGCUACUUGUUCACUUCCCUCAGGUAGAUAUUCCUUGCAGCUGAAUCCUGAUAUCCAAAAACAAGUCCACAGUUCUUUGGCCUCAUUGCAGCAGGGUGAAACUCUCCAGGCCAGGCUCCUGGCUAAAAGGCUUCGACUGCCUAAGAAAAUUGUUAACCAAGCUCUAUAUGCUUUAUCCAAAUUAAACCAGGCAGUGAGGUUAGAAGCAACUCCUCCUCUCUGGAGACUCUGGAAAGAAGGUGACACUGAAUCAACCCACGGAACCCGGUUCAGAGCCAAAACUGAUAAAAACUUUGCUCAAGAUACAUUUGUAAGGCAAAACCAGGGUAUUAGUGAAGUGCUGACAGGUUUUACUACUACAGAGGCCUGUAGUGAUUUCAGUGAAGAAUCUGAAGACUCUGAAAAAGAAAGUUCCUCUGAAGCUCUAGACUCUGACCAGGCUUCUGAAAAAGAAUCUUGUAUUUUAACAACAAUGGAAGCAAAAGACACCAAGGAGCAUAUCCUGCGGUACCUCCAUGAGACUGGCCAAGCCAGUGCAUUGAUGAUUGCCAAAAACCUGGGCUUUCGAAAUGCCAAGCAUGUAAAUCCUACACUGUAUACCAUGGAAAAGCACGGCGACCUAACUCGCAACACGAACUUUACGCUCCCUACUUGGGAGCUGACUUCUCACCAGCGUGAGAAGAUGGAGAGACAGCGAAAAGCAGCUGUUGUUGCCUCUAUAAUACAUGACGAGUCAGAGCUUCGUGGAACACCAGGCCCAGUGAUAGCUACACAACCAAUCCCAAAGAUUGUGUGUGGAUCUGGGUUGUCAGAAGAAGUGAUGACGUGGGAGAACCUCCCAACAAGUCAGACACAUAUCAGCAAGGAUGGCACAUUUGGGAACGGAAUGCUUGAGAAGCAGUCAAAUUCAGAUAUGGACUGUAUGCCUGUUCUUGAAAAAAUUCCCUCAGAUGACAAAGACCUUGCAUCUGUUCCCUACACAUCACAUGAUGCUUCAUGUUACCGGGCAAAUGACAAGAAUGGGGGACACUCAGAGUGGGCGUCGGAUGAUAUUCCAGAAUUCCUGAACACAAUCCGAUCAGAAGUGGCUGUGUCCUUGGCGGCACCUCUUCCUCCAGCCCAGAAUACAGAGAUCGUCAGGUUGCAGAAGCUAAGACUGGCACUCAGCAAGAACCCGGUCAGUGGCCUGAUGGAGUAUGCACAGUACCUUGGCUACAGUUGUGAAUUCCUGCUGCUUGAACAGUCAGGACCCUCACAUAACCCCAGGUUUCGAAUGCAAGUGAUGCUCGAUGGGCGUAGGUUCCCACCAGCUGAAGCCUCAAGCAAGAAAGUGGCAAAGAAAGUUGCAGCUGCGGAGACUCUUCGUGCUCUCCAGAGAGAGAUGGAAGGAGCUUCUAGUAUGGAAGAUGAAGCAGAGCAGCCUGCAGUGUCAUUAGGCGAAAUGAAUGAUUUUGAGGAUUCUUUUGAGAGUUCCGAGGAACCUCCAAAGGCCUUGGCUCGCUCCCUUCCAGGUGGCAAGAAUCCUGUUUCUGUUCUAAUGGAGCACAGCCAACGUAGUGGCCAUGCUAUUGAGUUCAUCAAUACUGGACAGGAGGGUCCUGCACAUGACCCACGCUUCAUGUUCCAAGUGAAGGUUGGGGACAGUCUUUACCCGGAGGCAUCGGCACCCAGUAAGAAGGCAGCACGGCAACUGGCAGCAGAGGAAGCUGUAAAGGGUCUUAUGGCAGAAGGACAACUACAACUCAACAAGCCACAGUACCCGUUUUGUCCACUUGGCGAGGGUGAUUUGUCCCCAGCAAUGCCCCCGUGCCCAUCACUGCCCCCGCUGACAGCAGCUGAGCUCCAGGCAGCGCACGAGGCUGGAGUAGGUGACCUGAUCAACCACUUAAACAACAACGCUGUGUCAGGCCUGCUGGAGUACGCACGCUCACGAGGCUUUGCUGCCGAGAUCCGUCUGGUGGGCCAGUCAGGACUCCAACACGAACCACGUUUUACAUAUCAGGCUAAGCUGGGAGGACGUUGGUUUCCUGCGGUGUGUGCCAGCACUAAAAAACUGGGCAAGCAGGAGGCGGCUGACGCAGCUCUCCGAGUGUUGAUCGGAGAGGCAGAAAAGGCCGCACGCACCGGGGAACUCACAUCAGAGUUGCCGGUGUCAGGUAGCACAGUGCACGAUCAGUUUGCCAUGCUGAGUCAUCAGCGUUUCAAUGCGCUUACUGCACGCAUUCAGCACAGCCUUUUGGGUAGGAAAAUCCUUGCCACGAUCAUCAUGAAGAGAGGUGCUGACAGUCUGGGCACAGUGGUCAGCCUUGGGACAGGAAAUCGAUGCGUCAAAGGAGAGGAACUGAGUCUUAAAGGUGAUACCGUUAACGACUGCCAUGCUGAAAUCAUUUCCAGAAGAGGCUUCAUCCGCUUUUUGUACAGUGAGUUGAUAAAGCAUUGGGAAAGUCCCGCUGAAGACAACAUAUUUCAGGUUGCAGAGGAUGGUUUGCUCAAGAUCAAAGAUGAUAUUACGUUCCAUCUGUACAUCAGCACUGCUCCAUGUGGGGACGGUGCACUCUUCGAUAAAUCGUGCAGCGAGUUAGCGGAGGUCACUGGCUCGGCUCACAUGCCCGUGUUCGAGAAUGCUAAACAGGGCAAGCUCAGGACCAAAGUUGAAAACGGUGAGGGUACCAUCCCGGUGGAAUCGAGUGCCAUCGUGCCCACUUGGGAUGGCAUCCAACAUGGCGAGCGUCUCAGAACCAUGAGCUGUAGCGACAAGAUCCUGCGCUGGAACGUGCUGGGCCUGCAGGGGGCUCUGCUCAGCCACUUUAUGCACCCUGUCUACCUUCAGUCCAUCACCUUGGGGUACCUGUACAACCACGCUCAUUUGACUCGAGCUGUGUGCUGCCGGUUGGCCAGAGAUGGCAGCGAGAUAGUUAAAAGCUUGCCUACUCACUUCAGACUUUGCCACCCUGAGGUCGGCAGAGUCAGUGUGUACGACUCAACACGUCACACAGGAAAGACCAAAGAGUCCAGUGUGAACUGGAGCCUGCCAGACAAGCUCAAGGUGGAGGUACUGGAUGGCACCAAGGGCAAAGUGGACAGUCCAAAGCUAGAGGUGUCCCGCGUCUCCAAGUCCAACAUGUUUCGUCUUUUCCGGGACGUGUGCAGGCGGGCCGGUCGGACUGACCUGCUGGCGCUGACCUCCUACGCCCAUGCCAAGAUGGCUGCCUGUUCUUUCCAGCAGGCCAAGGAGCAGUUCUACAAGGCUCUGAGUCAGCUGGGUUAUGGAACCUGGAUCGGCAGACCGCAGGAAGAGAAGGGCUUUGAGGCAGUGGAGACUGAAUCUCAGAACGUAGUUUCAGCUCUGUAAGGACAAAAGAGGGCAGGAGGAGGGACAAAGAGUGGAGGAACUGCACAGCCAGUGAUUGGAAUCUUUUGGGUGGUAGAAGAAAGAUGGCUGAUGACAGAGGACAUACGAGAGAGAUAACGUGGGACAGAGAAAGGGCAGAAUAUGUGGUUUGGAUCAUUCCACCUCAGCCUGGGAUGGAAAGAGAAAUUAAACCGAGCCAUAAAAUGCAAGCUCAUGUAUAAUAAUGAUGUAUGGAGCAUUUUCUGCAAUUUUCACUAAACUGUUAUGCACUAAGACCUAUCUGAAGCACUGAUCUCCAUCUCUGUCUGUCUCACUCUCUUAGUCUGUCUCAUUCUUGUAGGUGGAAGGCUGGGUGCAUAUGAGGAGAGAUAAAGAGAGAGUCUGUUGUAAAAUCUCUUUAUUUAAGAUCAACCUAGUUUCUGUAAUAACAGCUGCAGUAAUUAUAUACCAUUAUAGAUAUUGUAUUAAAAACCAACACAAAAGGAUGCUGUUAGUGCAACGUCUCCCCUCACAGCAAUUAAUGAGCUUUCAAGCAGAUCUCUCUCUCUCUCUCUCUCUUUCUCUCUUUCUGUCUCUCUCACUGUGUCUCUCUCUCUCUGUCUCUCUCACUGUGUCUCUCUCACUCUGUCUCUCUCGUAUACAGAACACCUGUUUUCGGAUGAAGUUGAAACAGCGGACCAAGGAGCUUUGUUGUUUUCCUUUUGAUAAACACCUAAGACGUAUAUCUGUACAUUUAUUUCACAUUAAGUCAGCCUAUGGGUGAGAACUUGCUAAACUAAUUUAAAGAGCUUGUACACAUAGAUUUGACAAAAUGUAUACAUAAUGUACCUACAGAUACAUACACUCACAAAUGUAUUUAAGGUCUCAUCACACCGUGUGUGAUUUUUAUAUACAUGUGUGUGUUUAUGUAUAUGUAUAUAUUGUAUGUAUAUAUUUUAUAUAGAGUUUCAAAUAUUUGUGUUGCAUUUGGCAAGUACUGAUGGAUGUCAUGCAGAUAUUUUUGGGACACUUUAAUAGCAUCAUCCCUUCACGUUCCAUGUUAUGUUUUUGUGAGAAAUGCGUUUCAUGUGUACUUUCCGAGAAUAUGUAUGCGAGAGAGUACAUGUGUGUUAGGUGUACUGUAUGUUAAGUGUGUGUUUUUUUUUUUUUGUUUUGUUUUGUUUUUUUUAAUUCAGUCUCUGUAAGAAGAGAUGCUUGAGUGGACAACCCUGAGUGAAAAUAAUUUUAACUUCUUAAAACAUUCAAGUCAGAAUUUAUAGCUAUAUAAAAUUUAGUUUUAAUUGAUGUUUUUUUUUAUGUUCACUGGCAUCUGACUGUGUCUUUUGUCUUUAUUCGAAAAUAAAUUAAACUGUCUAUA